CAGUGAAGUGUGAACAUUAAAGUGAAUGUGGAGGAGGAGUCCUUGCAACAGGGAGUGGGGAGGGUCAGUAGGGAAGCAGAGAAUCAGAGUAAGACAGCAGCAAACCCAGGCAGACAGCAAUGAAUGUUGGCAGGGAAGAGGCUUCAGCACAAAGACAACCAGCAUGUUAACUGUGUUGGUCCCCUGGGAGUGUUGUACCUAAUCGGAGAAGGUUGGGAAGCUUUGGAUACCAUACAACAUCAUCAGCCUGUUUUACAAAAAUGUCUGACUUUGAAGAUUUCAGCUGGACAGUUGGACAGACCAACGUUUCUGAAAGCUACCAGCUGAACCCCACCAGCGUAAUUGUGUCCGUCGUAUUCUCCAUAAUCUUUCUUCUCGGAACCAUUGGCAAUAGCCUGGUGCUUGCUGUGCUGUUGAGGAGCGGCCAGCUCGGAUACAACACCACCAACCUGUUCAUACUCAAUCUGAGUGUGGCCGACUUUUUCUUCAUCAUAUUCUGCGUUCCCUUCCAAGCCACAAUCUACUCGCUGGAAGGAUGGGUGUUUGGCUCCUUCAUGUGCAAAGUGGUCCACUUUUUUAUUAACCUUACCAUGUAUGCCAGCAGUUUCACCCUGGCUGCAGUAUCUGUUGACAGAUAUUUGGCCAUUCGGUACCCUCUGCGCUCCAGAGAGUUGAGAACCCCUUGUAAUGCAGUGGUUGCCAUGGUGGUUAUCUGGGGUCUUUCGCUGGUAUUUGCAGGGCCAUAUCUCAGCUACUAUGACUUGAUUGACUUUGCCAACAGUACUGUGUGUAUCCCAGGCUGGGAAGAGCAAAACCGUAAGGUUCUGGACACCUGCACUUUCCUGUUUGGCUACGUUAUUCCUGUGCUGGUUGUGAGCCUCUCCUACACCAGAACCAUCAAGUACUUGUGGACGGCCGUUGACCCUCUGGAUGGCAUGUCCGAAUCUAAGAGAGCCAAACGUAAAGUCACCAAGAUGAUCAUUAUUGUCACUGUGCUCUUCUGCUUAUGCUGGCUGCCCUAUCACGUGGUGAUAUUAUGCUAUCUGUAUGGAGACUUCCCUUUCAAUCAGACCACUUAUGCCUUCAGACUACUCUCUCACUGCAUGGCCUAUGCUAACUCUUGUGUUAAUCCUAUUGUGUACGCUCUGGUGUCCAAACACUUUCGCAAAGGAUUCAAGAAAGUCUUCAGCUGCAUCCUCAUUAAGAAAGUCAGAAAUAAAGUUCAUGUGGUCAACGUGGCUAACACAGGGCCUGGGUUUGAGGCAGGCUCCACAGAGGUAUCACAUAUGAACGAAGAAAACAUGCGACAGAACGAAUGUGAAAUGAUCAACAGGCCAAGACGAGUGGAGCCCAGAGAGCCAACAGUGGCCCUAAAUUCUCCUUAUCAGCAUCCGACUUGAUGAACAACUCGAGUGGAUUAAGAGCAGCUUGCCUUACACAACAGACUUUGUAACAAUAUACAAAUACUGCACAUUCAUCAUCAAUUUAACACUAGAUUCUUGGGGAAAAUUUAGCAUACUGUACCUGAUCACAUAAUGUUCCUCAUUCAUACAACCAUUUAAUAAUACAUACUUAGACAGUGUUUGCUGUCUAUGUUCUAAUAAAAAGGAUUUUUGUUUUUUUUUUGCAGAUUUAAUCAACCUAUCUAUGCCUUCAAUCUCCAGAUAUAUUUAUAUUCAUGUGUUUGCAGUUUGAUAAUUUAAAGUUUUCUAAUCUUCUAGCGAGCUGCAAAAAAAAAAACAGAAAAAAAAUAUUUCCUAUACCAAGGUUUUCUUUUUUUUCAAAGGAUUGGAAGCAACUGAAUAAAUCAAGACUGCAAGGUAUGCUACUCAAGAAAAGCUUUACUGUAUAUUGGUGUCUCUCCUAAGCUGAUGUGAAUGUUAUCCCAUGUGACUCAUUAAUAAGUUAUCGACACAAACACAUACCAAAACCAUCUUCAAGUGUAGCUGUUAUAUUCAGGCGUUUGAUUCUUCUCUUCAUUAGCAUAUUAGCAUAUGUAUGCUGCUAUGUUUAAUACCAGCUGCCAUAUAUUAAAAGUGUAGUUUUUCGUGGAGCAGGUUGUUUGUUUUGUAUUUUGCAUGCAGAUGCUGUUUUCUCGUGUCGAGAUAAUUGUUAAAUUCAGCAAUAUUUGUACGCUAACUCUGCGGACAGUUGUGCAAAACAAUUAAAUAUUCUUGGUACUGUUUUGUAACUGCGUAAAGAAGUAAUCACAUAUGACUCAGAACACUACUGUAUUCCAAGUAAAAGAAUCAGGUUUAAGGGGAAGUGCUAAGUUAAGAUGAGUUCAGGGUUGAAGGCUUGCAGAAGUCUUUUUGAACUCAACAAUAUUUUCUUGUUUUCUCGUGUUUUGUAUCCCUGGCAUGUUUCUCUUUGUUGUGAAAUAUUAUGCAGUUAAAAGAAUGUUUGUCAUUGAGCGCACUUAUGUAUCCAAGAGUAUUUAAAAGUAUAUUAAAUAUUGUAAAGCUGUGAAAUGAUAAACAUGCAUUUGCAGAUAUUUUUCCCUCACGAAGGAUCAGACAGCCGAUGAAACUGAUAUAUUGUAAGCUUCUGAUUUACCUCACAGUUGUAAAAAAAAUGUUUUUGUUUGUUUUAUGUUGCACUUAUUCUAACGGGAAAAAAAGAAUAUGCUUGAAUGACCAAAUAAACCAGUUCUGGUUU